CUACCAUUUGAGCUACAUCCCCGAUUUGCUAACAUCCUUCAAGUAUAUUAUAAAUAUUCUAAGAGUAACUGCACCUAUCUCUGGGACCUACAGAUAAUUUGUGGUGAUGAAGGGGAGCUCUCUCUUCCCACCCAUAUACACACGCUUUCGCUGUCUUCUAUUUCGAGGUAAGUACAGUUGCAGGCUAUCAACAAAGGAACCAAAGAGCUUAAUAUCUUGAUACCCUUUUUCAGGCACACAUGGCUUGUUUGAUCUCCAAUCUGCCUCUUCCUUCUCUACUCAACAUUAGCAAACAAUCCUUAUUCUCACCUCUGCAUAAGCACACUGUUUCUGCCAUUGGAGGACAACAAAGGCGUGUUGCUGUUAUUGCAAUGGCUACAAGUGGGAGCACAGAGUCUUCUACCUCUUUAAGCAUCAUUGAGUCUGUCCAAAAUUUUUGGGAUACACCAGAAGAUCGAAUUGCUCUUAUUGGAUUGGGAUUUGCAUCUGUUGUUGCUUUGUGGGUCUCGCUUAACGUAGUCACGGCUAUAGACAAACUUCCAGUCCUCCCAGGCGUAUUUGAGCUUAUUGGCAUUUCGUUCUCAACAUGGUUUGUCUAUCGUUAUCUGUUAUUCAAACCCGACAGGGAAGAGUUGAUUCAGAUCAUCAACAAGUCGUUAUCUGAUGUUAUUAGUCAAUGAUUUAUGACGAACUCAAAGAUGUAAAUGUAACAAGUUCAACUCUAGGCCACGAUAUGUUUAUGUAACAGCAAUGAAUACUUUUCUUGUUGUGUGAAUAAACUUCGAGUUGUUUUUUAUUGGUUUUCAUAAAUUACAUAUAUAGCUUUUACAAAUGAGCUUAUAUAUAUCAAUGUGAUUGUAAAAUCUAAAUAUCAUGCCAUCUUGUUAAUAAGUCUGUUAAAUUUGUUAAAUCCGCAUACAACUAUCAUGUGAGCAAGAAGAUAUGAUAGAGAUGUUGUAUUUGAUGUUUUGUGUAAAUAAAGUUAUCAAAAUCUACAGAAAGAGAUAUUGAACACUUUUUUUGACAAAAUUUCAAUGCUCACAUUAAUGGGC